AUGGGAACCCCCGAGAAAGUCGACUUUGCCUAUCCUUCGGGAUUCAAGCUGGCGUUGCUGAUGAUAUCCAUAUUCGUUGGCAUGUUCCUAGUGGCCUUGGAUAAACUUAUCAUCUCCACGGCCACCCCCGCAAUCACCGACGAGUUUCACGCCGCCGACAAUGUCGGGUGGUAUGGCACCUCUUAUUUACUCACCAACUGCACCUUUCUUCUGGUAUUCGGGAAACUAUAUACCUUCCUGAAUGUCAAAGUCACCUUCGUCUCAGCCGUUGUCCUGUUUGAGGUGGGCUCCGCGAUCUGCGGGGCGGCACCGAAUUCAAUGGCUUUCAUCAUCGGCAGGGCGAUUGCUGGUUUAGGGGCAGGAGGUAUUCAGUCUGGUGUCCUUGCAAUUAUUGUUUACGCCGUUCCGCUGCAGAAAAGACCCCAAUACCAGGGCCUAUUUGGUGCCGUGUACGGGAUUGCAUCGGUGAUCGGCCCAUUUGUUGGUGGAGCUUUUACCACAGACGUCACUUGGAGAUGGUGCUUUUAUAUCAAUCUUCCCUUGGGAGGCAUGGUCUUGGUGUUUGUCCUUUUCUUACUCCGUGUUCCAAGCAAUUCCUCCACAAUCGACACUUGGAAAGAAAAGUUGCGGCAUCUCAACAUAGAGGGCCUGGUUGCUCUCUUUCCUGGUGUAAUAUGCCUGUGUUUGGCCCUGCAAUGGGGUGGCUUCACGUAUAGUUGGAGUGACGGACGCAUUAUCGCGCUACUUGUGGUCGCUGUUGUACUUUUGAUCGCCUUUAUCUUGAUCCAGAUUUGGAAGUCGGAUCAAGCCACGGUGCCUCCACACAUCUUCAUGCAGCGCAGUAUUGCUGGCGGGUUCUGGGCUAAUGUGGAGGUACCAGUUUAUUUUCUUCCAAUUUGGUUCCAAACCAUUAAAAGUGACCGGGCCGUCGAGAGCGGCAUCGACCUCCUCCCCAUGGUUCUUUCGUUGGUCGUUUCGUCUAUUCUCAGCGGAGUGCUUACUACUCGGAUUGGCUAUUAUAUGCCCUUCUUGCUCUCCGGCAUUUGUCUCUCGGCGGUCGGCGCCGGCGUGCUUACUACUCUCCGAGUCAACUCAUCCAUGGGUCAAUGGAUCGGGUAUCAGAUUCUAUAUGGGUUUGGUUUAGGCGCUUGCUUCCAGGCACCCAACAUGGCUGCGCAGACAAUACUACAGCGCAACGAAGUAUCGAUCGGUGCGUCUCUCAUGCUUUUCUCUCAAACACUUUUUGGCUCUAUCUUCGUCUCAGUCGGCCAGAACGUCCUCGAUGGACAACUCACCAAGCGCCUUGCUGGGAUUGCAAGCAUCACACGACAGCAAAUCCAAGCUGCUGGCGUCACGGGUCUCUUUAAGGUUAUCCCACCGCAGUACCAUAACAGAGUUUUGGAAGCUUAUAAUGACUCCCUCGGUGUGUGCUUUCAAGUUGCUCUCAUCAUGGUUUGCCUCUCUAUACCUGGUGGUCUCUGUAUGGAGUGGCGCAAUGUCAAGAAGCAAGAGGACAAUGAGGGCAAGAAUAGUGUUGAGGAAGGCAAGAAUCGGGGUAACCAAAGCCCUGAUAAUGAUGGGGAAGGGCAGACUCAGUCUAUAUAG